GCUGCUAUAUAUAUUUAUUUAUUUAGCAGCAUGUACAAUAUUAUCUCAACACUUUAUUUUCCCAGCAAAAUUAUUUUAUUUUUAUAUGAAAAAUUAUCAUUGCUUUUUUCUUGCAGAGCAGUUGCAAAUUUUAAUUUCAAGUUGGUGCCCUGAUCACAUCAUACCAUUUUAAAUUGGUAUUGUGUAAAUGUCAUUUACUCUAACUGCAAUCUUAUAAGGAGAUCCAGAAAACUAAAUCGCUUUCUUUUAUGUGUGUGUGCAUUAGUGUGUAAACCUAUUGUUCUCUCUCAUGACAAAAAGAAGCAUGUUAUCCAAUAAAACCAUGGAAAUGGGGGGGGGGCUUGUAGAUCCUGGGAUAUUCUAGAUGGAUAUAAGAAUCUCAGAAGUCAAGCAACUUUUUAAAUGAAUUAAUUCUGAUCUCUUGCUAAUGUUAAUUGUACAUAGCAUAAUGCCACUAUGUUCUUGAAGCCUUUUCAAGGCCUGUUACUCCUCAUCAGUCACUUUAGUUUUAAAGAGAAAUCACACACUGAUAGAGACAAGCGCAACUUCUUACAGGACAAGGUUUCGAUGAAUGUUGAAUAUACCAACAUUGACUUUACUUGUGAAAACAUUGCCUGUUAAACAGACAGCCAAUCUUGCUGAAACAAAUGCAUCGGAGGAAGAUAAAAUAAAAGCAAUGAUGUCUCAGUCCAACCAUGACUAUGAUCCGAUUCACUAUGCAAAGAAGCUUGUAGGUCCACCCCCACCAAACUACACAUGUUUUCGUUGUGGAAAAACUGGACAUUACAUCCGAAACUGCCCAACAAAUGGGCAGGAUCGAAGUUUUGAAGCUCCUCAACGGAUAAAGAAAAGCACAGGAAUUCCUCGGAGCUUCAUGGUGGAGGUUGAUGAUCCAAACAGAAAGGGGGUCAUGCUGACCAACAGCGGCGCAUAUGCCAUUCCCACUAUUGAUGCUGAGGCUUAUGCUAUUGGGAAAAAAGAGAAGCCACCCUUCUUGCCGCAGAAUCAGUCCUCAUCCUCAGAAGAAGAAGAUCCUGUUCCUGAUGAGCUGCUGUGUUUGAUCUGCAAGGAUCUUAUGACUGAUGCUGUGGUUAUUCCGUGCUGUGGAAAUAGCUACUGUGAUGAGUGUAUUCGUACAUGUUUGCUGGAGUCUGAAGAGCAUGUUUGCCCCACCUGCAAACAAUCGGAUGUAUCUCCUGAUGCUUUGAUAGCGAACAAGUUUUUGCGCCAAGCAGUGAAUAAUUUUAGGAAUGAAACUGGAUACACCAAGAGGAUUCGCAAAGCUACUGCUGCUCAAGUUACUGUACAAGGAGCCCAAGCGCAGGCUCCUGUGCAGCGGCCUCCUCUGAGGCUGGCUACUUCACGCCAACAGGACCCUCUAAUGGCCAAUGUUCCAAGCGCAACAGCUGCUAGCACUCCUCCCCAAAGCACGCUGGCUGCUGCAUCGUCUCCUGCUAGCACUCACCUGCCUUCCAGCUCCCCACCUUCUACCAGCAGCUGUAACGUGCAGAGUAGCAGCACACCUGCAGUGAGAUCUCCUCAGCACUCUACAAAGCAGGAUGACCUGCCAUUGCCCAAGGAGGAACCUGCAUCUGAGGUCCCCACACCUUCUGUUGUGCCUUCAUCAGAGUCGUCUGUGCCAACGACUUCUGCUGGUCCAAAGGGUUUCCAUGUCUCAGUGAUUGGGCAGCCUAAUAUGCCUCCACAUCUCAUGCAAAGACAAGGACCGCCAAGGGCUAGUGGGCCACGGUCAACUGGGAGCCGUCCUCCAUGGGAUCCGUCCUCAAGUAGAGGGAGACCUCCUAGUGAGCGACCACCAAGGACACAGCAUCCUCCACCAGUGCAAAAUCUUCCCCCUGUAGUCCCCCCAGUAUUUGUGCCGCCUCUAUUUCCUCCACCACCACACCCAAUGCCUCAGCCACCAGGUGUUGUUCCUCAGCAAUAUCCCAUGCAGUAUCCUCCAGGACCACAGCCUCCCCCUCCCUUCAACAUUCCGCCGCCUGUCUUUCCACCAGUCCCACCUAAUGUGCAGGCUCCCUGGGUAGCUCCUGGCACUCAGCCACCUGUAGCCAACCCUAUCUCCAAUAUGCCAUCAGCAUCUUUUCUGUCCAAGGAGGAAUUUUACAGGCAGCAGCGCAGACUGAAGGAAGAUUCCCAGUGUCGAUUCGUUACCAGGGAGAAGUCUAAACUUGAGGAGUUUACAAAUGACUUUGCCAAAGAGCUUUUAGAGUACAGAAAGAUCCAGAAGGACAGAAGGCGAUCAUAUUCUAGAUCUAAAUCUCCGUACAGAGGCUCCUCCUACAGUGGCUCAUCAUAUUCCUAUUCCAAAUCUCGCUCACGGUCCAGAUCACCACGCUCCUACUCUCGGUCAUUAUCUCGGUCUAGAUCCCGUUCGCGCUCUCGUUCUCGAUCACGCUCCUACUCUCGCUCACCAUACUCCCGCAGAGGCAGAGGUCGCAGCCGUAGCUAUCGUUCGAGGUCACGCAGUCCAGCAUUCCAUCGCUCCCGCAGCAGAUCGCCAUCAUAUAGGGGUCGGGAUGUGAGUGGGAUGGGCAGUGGAGUUUAUCGUUCCCGAUCCAGAUCCCCAGUGUAUAGGAAUCACAGUCCCAGCAAGAAACUCCCACCACCUUCUAAGAUGGAGGGUGAGCGAAAAUACACUGGCAGGUACAGAGAGCUGCCACCUUAUGAUGCUAAGGCUUAUUAUGGCCGCAACGUAGACCAGAGUGACCCCUAUGAGAGAGAACAAUACAGAGAGUGGGAAAGAGAGUACAGGGAAUGGUAUGACAAUUACCUCAAGAGCUACAACAACCCACCCGGUGGUCAUCCACGGAGCCGUGGUCCAAACAGCAGAGAUCACUAUACCCCUGAGCGUUUUGCCCCUCCUCGUCCAAGGGACAACUCCCCCUACAGUAGGGGGCAUCGGGAUGAUUACCCACCACCUUCUCAAAGUCAUGGUGUUCCUCCGAGAGGCCGCGUUUCCAUGACAUACCAAGAGAAGUGUGCUGAGAAGUAUGGCCACCUCCACAUCAACACUGGUGCUGGUAAAGGAAUUAAAGACUCUUUGAAACCUCUUAAAGACAGAGAACAUAGUGGCAGCACUGCUACAGACACCAAGACUAUGAAGCAUAAGAAACAUCGCAAAAAGAAGAGGGAUGAUGGUGAACCCUUCAGCCACUCUGACUCGAUGGAUGAUUCCAGGAAAGAUGACUGCAAAGGAGACCCCAUGAUGAUGAAUUCAAGCCGUGACGAUGCAACACCUGUCAGGGAUGAACCCAUGGAUAGCGCUGCAGUGCCCUACAAAAGCAUCCCUGAAAAGGAGAAGAAAGAGAAGACUAAAAGCAAGAUUGACAAAGUUAAACGAAAGUCUGAAAGCAGUGGACAGAAGGAAAUUUCAGGGAAGGUGACAAAGACUGCCAAAGAGAAGGAUGCAGAUGCACUGCUUGAUAAGGUGGCUCCAAUUGAACCAGCUAUUAAGAGAGUCCAAGAAGAACUGUCCCACAAACCUGAAGCGACCAGACCUCAUUUCAUUGAGUCUAAACUCAUGCUCCCUCGCAAGCUGAUGCAGUCUAGACCCAUCAAACACCAUCAAGAGCUGAAGUCUGUCAAAGAUGAGCUUAAGGGCAAGAAAGAAUUGAUGAAAGACCCAGCAAAGCUGGACAAAGUUCCUUACAAAGAUGGGAAGAUCAAGAAAGAGCUAGAGAAGCCUGCGAAAACUGAGAAAAUUCCCACCAAGGCAGUUGACACCAAACAUGAUAAAAAGAAACGGAAAGAUGAUAAGCCAUCUGUGAAAGACCUGGACAUCCCCCCAGUCAAAGUAGCCAAAAUGGAAGUUACUGGCAAGGUUAGAGGCUCUCCAAAACCUAAACCUAGGCUGGAGAGUGAAAUUGCAGUUGAGGAGAAAGUGGUUAUUCCAUCCCUGAUGGAUAUCAAGCCAGAACCUUUAAGAAAGAUUAAAAUUAACAGAGAAAUCGGGAAGAGGAUAAUUGGGAUUGAACGCCCUAUUUCAGCUGAGGAUUCUGCUCAUGCCAUGGGAAAGGGCAGGUUAGAUAAGUCAAGGGGAAAAUUGAGGAGGAAGGUGCACACUCCCGAUGGGUCAGGGUCCAUGCUGGUCGAUUACAACAGUACCAGCUCCACAGGUGGAAGCCCCAUCAAAAAGCACGAAGAGAAGCUUGACCUAAAGAAGACUGUGGUGAAGACACUGGAGGAAUACACCAAUGACAGCUCCACCCCUGCUGAAGAUGAAAUUGUUAUGAUCCAAGUGCCCCGCUCCAAGUGGGAAAAAGAGGACUAUGAAUCUGAGGAUGAUGAUGAUUCUAAGGGAACCACUGGGACACGUGUUGUCAACGUGUCCAGCUCUGCUCCUGAGAGUGAGAACACUGCUCCAAAAUUAACAAACAAGGAGUCUCCCCAUGCUGACAAUGCCCCCUCUGUAUCCAAAGAUUCUCAGGCAGAUGUAAAACUUGCCAAGGACUCUACAUCAGGUGAUAAGGAGAAAGAUAUUGAGAAGGAGAAAGACAAAGAGAGAGAUCGAGACAGAGGAAAAGAAAGAGACCGCAGCACUGCAGAUUGUGAUGUAACGGAUAAAAGGAAACCUAGUGUACCAAAUCAGGAAAGAGAAAGAGGUAGUGACCAUGGCAGUGAGCGGAGCUCCUCAUCCCAUUCCUCCAGGGACAGACUAGCUGACAGGUCUGAACCAAACUCUAGAAAGCCAGCUAGUAGGGAUACAACGACGAGCCUCAUCAACAGGAAACCAGACCACAGAGAUGAUGCAAGAGACCAUUUAAGUAGCAGAUCAAGAGAUGAAAGAGGUCCUAUCAGGAGGAAUGUAUCACUCUCCCCACCCUCAAGGGUAAAGGACUUGCACACAGGCCUGGAAGUUUCUCAGGAAACCCAAAGCCCAAUUAGGGAUAAGAGAACAUCAUCCCAAAACAACUCGGAGCACAAAAGAACAGGUCCAGAGGACCACAAGUCAUUGAGUAAGGAGAGCCAGAGUUCUAGGCAUUCUGACUUGCGUCCCACAAAGGACAGGGAUCACAGGACUCAUACAUCUGCAAAUCCAGAGCCUAGGGCUGAUACAGAGAAAGGUGGCACACACGGUGACCACAACAAAAUCCCAGCUGCGCGCUCCACACGACUGUCCACGGAUUUAGCACGGGAAACUGAUGAGGCUGCAUUUGUCCCAGACUACAGCGAAAGUGAGAGUGAGACAUCUGACUUAGAGAGCAAAGUGGAGAGAGGGCGAGAGAGGGACAGCAGUGGCAGUCAGAGUCCAAGCCCUUCUGGAAGCCAUGGACAUAGUAGCAGCCCUAGCUCCCCGGGCAGUCAGGACAGCAAAAAGAAGAAAAAGGACAAAAAGGAGAAGAAAGAGAGGAAGAAACACAAGAAGCACAAAAAACACAAAAAGCAUAAGAAACACACAAGUAAUGAAUCUGAAGCAGAGCUCAAAGGACACAAAAACAAACAUAAAAAAAAAAAGUCAAAAAAGAGCAAGGACAAAGAUAAAGAUGACAAGGAAAAAGAUGAGAAUGACAAAGAGGAACAUGGGGCAAAAGUAUCUGUUUAAUUCAUUACAGGUUGACCCUUUAAUUUAAUUUACUCAUCUUAAAGAAUUGAAAAAUAAAAAAAUAUUGUACUGCAGAAAGAAGGCUGUCUGUUUUAAGCGUUGUUCAGCUUUACUUUUUUUUUUUUUCCCCCCAUUGGUUAGAGUCAUGCUUUUUUGUUAGUAUGACCAUGCUAACCUCUGCCACCAAUGUAAGAUAAUAGUUACUUAAAUGAUUGAAGUGUAGUUGUUUUGGGUUCUGAACUUUCAUUAAUAUUUUGGUUCAGAUUUAAAAUCCUUGCAGAAUCUUCUAUUACAGUACAUCAUGGUUUUGCAUUAAGGCCAUUGUGGAGGAAGCACUUUAAAAAUGUGAAUGUGAUUGCAGAUUUGCAAAAGUUUGCCCUUUUGUACCUCAUCUCUUAGAAGUGGCAUUGGAGAGAGAAAUAUCAUUAUGACAGUAUAAUAAUAUUGUUACAAAGGCAACUGGAUAUUUGUGGCUAGAAAUUGGGGCUUACAUAUUGAUUGCAAAUUGUGUGUUUUUGCACUGUGAAUAUUUCCUCUACUCUUUACUUUAUUCUGCUCCACAUUCACAAGAGUAAUUUAAAUUAUCUUAUGAAAUGGAAAUGUGUUUUGAGGGCAAUAAAUUGUUUUGUUUUUUUAAGAAAAUAUAAAGAUUAUCUCCUGUCUUGUGGUUAUUGGACGGUCUUGCCUUUAGUAAUAAAGAUUCCCAAUAUGUGACAGUCAUGCACAGCCUGUAAAUAUCAGGGAAAUUGGUAGUCAUGGACGUGAGUCAAAUCACAAUCAUGGAAAUUUCUAUAUUGCAUGUCAUUUUGCUAGUUUUUUUUCUGUCUAAAAUAUUUAAUUGGCUUGUUAUUGUUGUUUGUGAGUGCUUGUGUAGAGAACAUUUUGAAAGACUCCAUAUAAACAGAAACGGAACUUUUUCACACCAUGAUCAUGCGCCACACUGAUGGGUUUAGCAGUUGCGCACCCUUUCUGUUUUUAUAUCAAGGCAAAUAAGUACCUCCCACACUAUCUAAACUCUCAGUAUGAACCAUAUUUACUGUGGCAAUUUGGAGAAAAAUACAUUGAAAGUCCAUACAAGUCUCAAAGACAGGUAUUUUUCUCAAUUUCUUCUGCUAGGGUCUCUAAAUUUCUUACAAGGGACAUCCAACACUGUCUGAACCCUCAGUAAGAAGCAUAUUUACUGACAAUUUGGAGUGAAUUGCACCCAAAUUCAAAACACGCAAAUACGUUGUGAUUUGUGACAUUCAGAGACCUGUAGAAAAGUGAAUAUAAAUUAUUCUAAGAAAUGAAUGACUUUCUUAAAAGGGACCAAUGGGUGUUACAAUAGUGCAUAAUAACAAAUAAUAUUCUAGAUGCUAAUAUUGUAUGUCUGUGUGUUCCUGUAUGGUAAUAAAGUGCAAGAAGAAAAUUAUAAAAAUGUGCACACCCUUUCAACCAAAAUUAGACUUACAUAUUUAUUCAUGUACAAACAUGGAAAUUCUCAGUUAUUUUUAUGGAACGUAUUAGCUUCAGAUUGGGGUUCUUAAAGACUAAAUGUUUAUAUCAGGUACACUGAAAAAGUAAUGUAUGCCUACUCUUUUCAAUUUGUCCGAUUGCACAGUUAUUU